CCCCUCUGGCAAAUGUAGCACAUCAACAAAGUGAGAAAGAGGUAUUUGCUUCUCGUGAUAAAGUAGCAGUAAAAAUUUGCUCCUUGGAGGCUGCCACAACAAUGAAGCCCAAUGAUACACGGGAGAAGAAAAUAGCCAUUAUUGGAGGUGGUCUGGUGGGUGCAUUAAAUGCCUGUUUCUUUGCCAGACGAGGUUUCCAUGUUGAUGUUUAUGAGGCAAGAGAAGAUAUCCGAGUGGCCACUUUUGCCCGGGGCAGGAGCAUUAACUUGGCUCUCUCCCACAGAGGACGCCAGGCCCUCAAAGCUGUGGGGAUGGAAGACCAGUACAUUCUCUCUGUGGAUAGAGCAAACCUAAACAGAGAGCUGUUAACAGCUGCAGAGAAGUAUUCCAACACUAAGCUGUACUUUGGACACAAACUCCUGGAGUGCAAUGCGGAGUUAGGGACAUUAACCAUAAAAAGUUCUGAGCAGCUGCCUGUAGAAGCCGCUUAUGAUCUCAUUGUGGGAUGCGAUGGAGCCUUCUCGACCGUCAGAAAGCAGUUCAUGAGACAAACACGCUUUAACUACAGCCAUGAGUACAUUCCUCACGGCUACAUGGAGCUGACCAUCCCGCCCAAGGAUGGAGAUUUUGCCAUGGAACCGAACUACCUCCAUAUCUGGCCCAGAAACACCUUCAUGAUGAUUGCACUGCCUAACAUGGACAAGUCCUUCACCUGCACUCUCUUCAUGCCUUUUGAAGAAUUUGAGAAGCUUACAACUGGCGAGCAAGUACUGGAUUUUUUCCAGACCUACUUUCCAGAUUCUAUUCCCCUCAUUGGAGAGCGAGAGCUGAAGCGUGAUUACUUUUUGCUGCCAGCCCAGGCCAUGAUAUCUGUGAAGUGCUCUUCCUACCACAUCGCAUCCCGGUGUGUGCUGAUGGGAGACGCUGCACAUGCUGUGGUGCCCUUCUACGGGCAAGGUAUGAACGCGGGCUUUGAAGAUUGUUUGGUUUUUGAUGAGUUAAUGGACCAAUUCCACAAUGACCUUGGUGCUUGCCUUCCUGAGUUCUCCAGGCUGAGGGUGCCAGACGACCACGCGAUCUCGGAUUUAGCCAUGUACAAUUAUGUAGAGAUGCGAGAGCACGUGAAUUCGAUGUGGUUCAUCUUCCGAAAGCACGUAGACAACUUCCUCCACGCGCUCAUGCCUUCCACCAUCGUCCCGCUAUACACCAUGGUCACAUUCACCAGAAUUCGCUACCACGAAGCAUUGCAGCGCUGGAAGUGGCAGAAAAAGGUAAUUAAUCGAGGACUCUUUGUCGCUGGAGCAGCAGGGCUGGGUGGCAUGUACCUGCUAAUAAAAUGGCUGACACGGAAUACUGAUUUCUGCAUAGAAAACCUGUGGAGCUGGUCCUACCAUCUCAAGAAUAUUGGAAAAUUGUCCUUCAAUACAGAAGUGGCUUAAGUGUAAGGGAACUCCUACAUGGAAUAAAGCAAUGGCAUGGGCU